GGCUAUUGGUGCAUACUCAGCCCCUUAAGUUCAGAUAAGGGGCCCCUACAUUGCUGUCAUUUAUGGCCUGAUUGCCCCUCCAUGAAGCUGCUAUCCCCAAGGACAUCUGGAAGGAGGCCUCACAAGGCCUUGCACAAGAAGUCAGUUCUUGGCUACCCAUGGCUUGGGGUGGCCACAAGUGGUGCCUUCCAUUCAGGAGUUCAUUCAGGAGUCCCAGCAGGAAAGGGUCCUGGCAACCACUCUCCUGGCCAGCUGACAGGCUGCAUUGUUCAUCUGUUCUCAGUCUAAGCCUGACACCGUGUGUGAGCACAGGGAACAUUCAUGAUGUGAUCCACAACCCUUAGGAUCCUGCAGUUGCACACUAACUGCCUGUGUCUCAUCACUUGGGACUUAUGACAUCAGACGGUUCUUAGUCCCUGGACCAUUCACCCUCUCAGCCUGUGUCUGUAGUAAUCCCACCUCACUGUACAGGACAGUGGGUAGGGACCAGCUUAACCCCUGCUCUAAAAAGUCCCAUGCACCAUGUGCCAUUAUAGUGGGUACUAAAAAGCCAAGGCUGGGGCAUCCCUUACCAUACUUGGGCCAGCCUUUGUCAACUUGGUAGACUACAAGCAGACACUACUGAGAUACCCUGUAUAGGCCAGCAGACAGGCACAGAUGAGACAAGCCCCAAAGUUACACUGAGAUAAGUCAUAGGCCAAGCCUACGUCCAUGUGACAAGCUCUUCAAAAUCCUGACAUUCCUCCUGCUUCAACUGUGGGUCUUUUCCUAGGAAAUGAGUUUGUGGGAUCAAGACUUUUCCUAUCACUGACCACCCAGAACAUGGCUUCUCAGAAAAUUUUUUGUUUUGUUUUGCAUUUUGAGACAGGGUUUCUCAGUGUAACUAGACCAGGCUAGCCUCAAGCUCACAGAGUCCACAUGCCUCUACCUCCUGAGUGCUAGGUUUAAAGGUACUGUACUUGGGACAGUUUUUAAAGAUGAAGAGAGAGCUAAAGAUGGAGCUCAGUUUGUUAGAUGCUUUCCUGGUACACAUGGAAUUCCCAUGUUCAAUCUAAAGUACCACAUAAACUAUGUGUUGCUAAUAAUCCCAGCACUUGGGAGGUAGAGGCAAGAGGAUUAGAAGUUAUCCCCAGCUACAUAGCAAGUUCAGGCCAACCUGGGCCAUGUGAGACCCUGUCUCAAAACAUAUAUACACUGGCAUGCCCUGGUCCACAGAGGCAGGCUGUUGACACUGGACUUGCCCUGAUCUGAUCCCCUAAGCACAAUGCAGAGAACCUUGUGAACAUAUGUAUGUACAGCCACUGAGCAGACUGCCCUGACACCCUUGGCGUGCACCAUGAUGGGCUAUAGGUCCCACAAGAAAAUCUUAGAGCCUUGCACAUGGGGUUCCCAGCCUUUCCACAUUCCAGUAGAAACUUCCAGUGGGAAGGGCAGGGCAGGGCUGGGUGGAUGCAUAGGAUGGCCAAGACCUGAACUUUGGUCGGAAAGAGCCAAGUAGGGGCCCUCGUUCCAGGAUACUUUACAGCUGGACUCUUACACCUGGCAUCAUUGGGUGGGACCCAGCCAAGGGGAUUCAGGUAUAAAGGAGCUGAGUCCUCUCUGGUGAGAGCUAAAUCAACCUGUGAGGCCCCUGUGGACUGAUGACUGAGAAGUCUCCUCUAGGCUACACUAUACUGGGACAUCCUCCCUCCAGCUUGGCCAUGUAUCUGCCUCGCUGCCUCCUUUCAACCUUGGUGCUGUUUAUGGCUUCACAGUCCCUAGGCAAGACCUGGGUCCCCAGCCACUGCAGAAGCUCCAUCGAAGCUGUAUGCAACUUUGUGUGUGACUGUGGAGACUGUUCAGAUGAGGCCCAGUGUGGCUUCCACAGUGCUUCAACUACCCCAAGCACCCUCUUCACCUGCAACUUUGAGCAGGACCCCUGUGGCUGGCAGGACAUCAGCACCUCGGGCUAUCAAUGGCUUCGAGACCGGGCAGGGGCACUGCUGGAUAGACCUGGACCUCAUUCUGACCAUACACAUGGCACUGAUUUGGGCUGGUACAUGGCUGUGAGAACCCACCAUGGGAAAGAGGCAUCCACUGCGACUCUGCGCUCCCCUGUCAUGCGUGAGGCAGCCUCUACCUGUGAAUUGAGGCUCUGGUUCCACACAGCCUCUAGAGAUGUUGCCAGACUGCGGCUGGAGCUGACCCAUGGUGUGGAGACACUGACCCUGUGGCAGAGCUCAGGACCCUGGGAGCCUGGCUGGCAGGAGCUGGCAGUGAAUACAGGCCGUGUGCAGGGUGACUUCAAAGUGAUGUUUUCUGCCACCCGAAAUGCCACACACAGGGGUGCUGUGGCCUUGGAUGAUAUGGAGUUUCGGGACUGUGGACUUCCCAUUCCUCAGGCCAGCUGCCCCCUAGGGCACCACCACUGCCAGAACAAGGCUUGUGUGCAGCCCCACCAGCUGUGUGAUGGUGAAGACAACUGUGGGGACAGAUCUGAUGAAGACCCGCUCAUCUGCAGCCACCACAUGGUCACUGACUUUGAGACAGGUCUGGGACCAUGGAACCAGUUGGAGGGCUGGACCCGGAACCACAGUGCUGGCAGCAUAGUGAGCCCUGCGUGGCCCCACAGAGAUCACAGCCGGAAUAGUGCAUAUGGCUUCUUCCUGGUCUCUAUGGCCAAACCUGGCACCACUGCUAUCCUCUCCAGCCCGGAAUUCCAAGCCUCAGUCCCCUACAACUGCUCGCUUACCUUCUAUUACUACCUACAUGGCUCUGAGGCUAGCCACUUCGAGCUGUUUCUACAGGCACUGGGGCUCAACACUUCCCAGGCUCCCGCCCUGCUGCGGAGCCGCCAUGGAGAGCUGGGGACCACCUGGGUCAAAGACCGGGUUGACAUUCAAAGUGCCCAUCCAUUCCGGAUCCUUCUAGUUGGGGAGACUGGUCCAGGAGGCAUCAUGGGCCUAGAUGACCUCAUCAUGUCCAACCACUGCAGAUUUGUCUCAGAUGUGUCCACCCUACAGUCAUCACUUUCUGGACCUAAGGCAUUAGCCCUCUAUCCCCAGACAUCCAUCCAGCUGCCCCAGGGAACCUGUGAACCAGGACAUCUCUCCUGUGGUGAAUUGUGUGUGCCCCCAGAGCAGCUGUGUGAUUUCCAGCAGCACUGUGCAGAGGGCGAGGAUGAACAGAAGUGUGGUGAGGCCAGCCAGCCUGCCUGGGGCACCACAGACUUUGAGUCCGUCUCUGCUGGGGGCUGGGAGGACAUCAGUGUGGGAAAGCUGCAGUGGCAAUGGGUGGAAGCCCAGGAGAGCAGGAAGCCUGCCAGGGACGCCAACCGGGAUGCUCACGGGCACUUCCUGUCUCUGCAGAAAGCCUGGGGGCAGCUACGAUCUGAGGCCCGAGCUCUCACACCUGCCCUAGGCCCCUCUGGCCCUCACUGUGAACUCCACAUGGCUUACUAUUUUUACAGUCAACCCCAAGGCUUCUUGGCACUGGUCGUGGUAGAGAAAGGCUUGCGGGAACUGCUGUGGCAGGCCCCGAGCAGCAGCAGCCAGGGCUGGACAGUAGAGAAGGUUCUUCUUGGGGCACGCCACCGACCAUUCCAGCUGGAGUUUGUCAGUCUGGUGGACUUGGAUGACCCUGGCCAGCCAGGGGCUGGGGUGGAUAAUGUGACCUUGAGCAACUGCAACCCCAAUGUGACCACUGAGAGUGACCAAGAGGUCUCCUGUAACUUUGAACGGCACUCAUGCAGCUGGCACACAGGCCACUUCACAGAUGCACACUGGCACCGUGUAAAAAGCCAUGGCUCGAAGUAUGACCACACCACUGGCCAAGGCUUUUUCAUGUUCCUGGAUCCCACGGACCCACCUGCUCGAGGCCAAGGUGCCCUCUUGCUUACAAGACCCCAGGUGUCAGUUGUCCCCAAGGAAUGUCUCAGCUUCUGGUACCACCUGUAUGGGCCCCAAAUUGGGACUCUGCGCCUGGCCAUGAGGAAGAAUGGUGAGGAAGACAUACUACUGUGGUCCCGGUCUGGCACACAUGGCAACCGCUGGCACCAGGCUUGGGUCACUCUUCACCACCAGCCAGAGGCCAGCACCAAGCACCAGCUGCUGUUUGAAGGCCUCCGGGAUGGCUACCAUGGCACUAUGGCCCUGGAUGACGUGACUGUGCGGCCUGGCCCCUGCUGGGCCCCUAGGAGCUGUUCCUUUGAAGACUCUGACUGUGGCUUUUCCCUGGGAGGCUCAGGGCUGUGGAUACGCCAGAAUAAUGCCUCAGGCCUUGCUCCUUGGGGUCCUUGGGCAGACCAUACAACAGAGACAGCCCAAGGGUACUACAUGAUGGUGAACACCAGCCCAGAUGUCCUGGCCAAGGGUCAUGUGGCCUCUCUGACCUCAGAGGAACACCAGCCCGUGCCCCGGCCAGCCUGCUUGACCUUCUGGUACCACUUGAGCUUCCACAAUCCAGGCACCCUGAGGGUCCACGUGGAACAGAGCACAAGACGCCAAGAGCUCAGUAUCAGUGACCAUGGUGGAUUUGCCUGGCGCCUGGGUAGUGUGAAUGUGGAGGCUGAGCAGGCCUGGAGGGUAGUGUUUGAGGCUGUGGCUGCAGGUGUGGAGCAUUCCUAUAUGGCUCUGGAUGACAUUUUCCUCCAAGAAGGGCCCUGUACUCAGCCAGGGUCCUGUGACUUUGAAUCUGGUCUGUGUGGAUGGAGCCACCUUGUGUGGCCUAGCCUGGGUGGAUACAGCUGGGACUGGAGCAGUGGAGCCACCCCAUCCCGCUACCCCAAGCCCACAGUGGACCAUACCCUGGGCACAGAGGCAGGCCACUUUGCUUUCUUUGAAACCAGCAUGCUAGGUCCUGGGGGCCAGGCAGCCUGGUUGCGCAGUGAGCCACUGCCAGCAACUACAGCCUCUUGUCUCCACUUCUGGUACUUCAUGGGCUUUCCUGAGCAUUUCUACAAGGGUGAGCUAAAAGUGCUCCUGAGCAGUACCCAAGGCCAGCUAGCUGUGUGGAGCCAGGGCGGGCACCAGAGGUACCAGUGGCUUCAAGUCCAGAUCGAAGUGUCCAGCUCUGAAGAGUUCCAGAUUGUUUUUGAAGCCACUCUGGGUAGCCAGCCGGCUCUGGGGCCCAUUGCCCUUGAUGAUGUGGAGUACUUGGCAGGGCAACACUGCAAGCAGCCUGCACUUAGCCAGGGUGAAAUGGAUGCAUACGUGUCUGUGCCGGCUGCUGUUGGAGGGGCCCUCCUCUUUUUCAUGUUCCUGGUACUCCUGGGCCUUGGGGGUUGGUACUGGCUGCAGAAGCAACACUGCCCCUUCCAGAGGAGUACAGACACAACAACAUCUGGCUUUGACAACAUCCUCUUCAAUGAGGAUCAAGUUACCCUUCCAGAAUCCACCACUAGCAACCCAUAGUCAACCCCAGACAAGGCCUGGCUCCUCAUGCUAACUCCCACAGCAUCCAGACCUCACAGACACCUGACCUCUAUCCGGGCCUGAUAAAGGGAUUGAGUCAUGCUUUGCUUCUACAGCUCUUCCAUCUGUUGUCUUUGCCCUCUGCUAUGAUCAAGAAGAGUGUGUAUAUGUGGGUGGGGUCUUUGUACUAUAAAUAAAUGCUCCACAACAGUGAGGGCAACCCA